CCUCCGCGUCGCCACGCCCUCGAUGCGCACAACUAGUUACUAACAUGGCCGACAGUAGAGCGCGUCGUGUGGGACCGGGGGGAAAGAAGCACGCUUCGUAGAAGCCAUUUAGCUGUAUUUACGAGCGAGAGACGCUGACGCCGCUGCUCAGUGAGUUUCCCAAACGAGCGAUCCUUCAUGUGAUGAAGACGACGGACACUCUCAAUAGAAGACGUCCGGAGUCUGUGUGCAUUUCGCUGAGCCUUCAGAAGUGAAGGAGCUGCAGGCGAUUCCCAGUACACUGGCCUGGCACGCUGGUGAAGCGGACGGGGCUGGGGGGGCCGUGGACCUCCGCUUUCGAGGGUGUUACGGCGACAGUGUUCUCGCCUACCCGUCCCUCUGUUCCCCAGAGCAUGCUUAGCGGUCGCAGCGGUGAUGGAACAGGAUAGGAAACCGGAGGAGGGGGUUGCCUCCCUGGGGCUCUCCACGGCCCAGGCCCUCGACAUCCUGCGAAACCAGCUUGCCACCCUGCUGGAGCAGCAGCAGCAGGUUGCCAGAAGAAGGCCCACUCUACAGGAGCUGUGGACUAAGAGCUUCCUUCACCAUGACAACCGUCACUCCAGCUUCCACUGGCCCGGAGCUGCCCUCACCCUACUUGUCGUGUGUGGGCUGCUCUGCUGCCAUGAGAGUCAGCCAUAUGGCAGCCAGGGCAUAGAGCUGGUGAGUGCCUUUGCGCUCUUCCUCCUGUUAUUGCUGAACCUCUUCCUCAUCGGGCGCCAGGAGAGGCUGAAGAAAAGUGAGAUGGUGCGCCGGCUGAAGUGCGUCAUCUCCCAGCUGGACAAGUCUCUGCAGGGGAGUGCGGGGGAGCCGGUGAGGUGGUCGCCCUCGCUGUACCCGGAUUUGUACACUCCCUCCUCGCCCUCCUGGUCCCUGCACUGGACGUACAGGGAUGACCAGCUGAUCAACCUGCCCGUCAGCCUGCUGGUGGAGGGUGACAUCAUCGCACUGCGGCCCGGACAGGAAUCCUUCGCCUCCCUGCGGGGAAUCAAGGAUGAUGAGCACAUUGUCCUGGAGCCUGGUGAUCUCUUCCCUCCCUUCUCCCCUCCCCCAUCGCCGCGAGGGAACGAGAAGAGGGGUCCUCAGAACCCCCAACAGUUCCGCCUCUUCCGGGUGGUGCGGACCCCAAUCCUUGACAACAUCCGCAGCAGUCUGGAACUGGCUCUGUCCCGGCCCGUUACAGCCCUGGAUAAUGAACGCUUCACUGUGCAGUCCGUCAUGGUCAAGUUCGUCUGCCCCGUCGUGCUGGUGGCCUUCUUCACAGUGAACACGGUGCGUUUCUGCGUAAAAGCCCCCAAUCUCACACCUGGCUGCUUCAACUUCUUUCAGCUCCAGGUGAUGGGAGUGCUCCCCAUCCUUCCUCUGCUCUUCCCCGUCAUGUGGGUGCUGGUCAACGCCUACGGAGAAGCGAGGGUCCUGGCCGAGUCCAGCCACACGUCUCCGACUGGCCUGCUUGCUAAGUUCUCUGAGGAUACACUAAGCAGCUACACAGAAGUGGUGUCUUCUCAGGAGCUGUUGCGUUGCAUCAGUAGACACUUGGUCAGCGUCCUGAGAGGAGAGUCCCAGACGCUGUGCUACACCUCGAGCCUGCUCCACAACCUUGGAUCCGUCACCGUGCUGUGCUGCGUAGACAAGCAGGGGGUGCUGUCCUGGCCUAACCCCAGCCCGGAGACGGUGCUGUUCUUCAGCGGCCGUGUGGAGCCCCCCCACGACAGCCAGGACGAUCUGCGGGAUGACCUUUCAGUGGGCUCUUUCUGCCGGACAGAGGGGGAAGAGGACAGGGAAGAGCGAAUCAGUAUGCAGUUUCCGACGCACCCCGAGAGUCUGUGGGAAAAUGCAUCAUCGGGGGGAUGGAAGCUGAUUGGCUGCUCGUGUCCGCAGGGCCAGGAGGGAGAGGCCCUGCUCUCCCUUCCCAUGGAGCCCUCCGUCCCUGCAGCCAGCGAACACGAGCCCAGUGAGACGAUGUCGCACGACACCGCCCGCUCCUCAGACACCAUGCGCCCACAGCGCCCUCCGCAGGCACCCCGUGCCAAACACCCGUCUGGCUCCAACGUCAGCUUCAGCCACGACACCGAAGGUGGUGAGGAAGACGCAGUACAGCCCUGUGGGACGGAGCUGGGCUGCUGCGAAGCCGAGGACUUUGUGUGCGACUACCACCUGGAGAUGCUGAGCCUGUCGCAGGACCAGCAGAACCCGGUCAGCAUCCAGUUCGAUGUCUCGGGGUGGCAGGUCCACCUGCCCUCCCUCAAGCCGCUGGGCCUGAACAUCCUCCUGAACCUGUGCAACGCCAGCGUGACGCAGCAGCUCUGCCGCUUCUCGGACCACCUGUCCAACCUGGCGCUGCAGGAGAGCCAUGGGGCCGUGCAGCCCGUGCACGUGCCCUGGGGGCUGUGCGAGCUGUCCCGCCUCAUCGGCUUCACCCCCGGAGCGAGGGAGCUCUUCAAGCAGGAGAACCACCUGGCCCUGUACCAGCUGCCGUCGGGCGAGAAGGCCAAGGAGUCGGUCCAGCGGCGCCACCACCACAUCACAAAGAGGCAGCCGCCGAUCAGCCACCUCAUCAGCCUGUUUGUGCGCGACAGCACCUCCAAUAAUGUUCAGAUGCUCUCCCACGGCUCCGCCGACCUCAUUCUCGAGGCCUGUACUGACUUUUGGGACGGUGCAGAUAUCUACCCCCUUUCCGGCUCUGACAGGAAGAAGGUUCUGGACUUCUACCAGCGCGCCUGUCUCUCGGGAUACUGCUCGGCUUUCGCCUACAAACCCAUGCAGGUGUCGCUGUCGCCGCAGCUGAACGGAAAGUGUGUGGAAUUGGCCCCGGGCCCCACCCUCUUUUCCGGGCUGGAGCUGCCCAGCACCACGCCCAUCAAACAUGGCAGCCGCAGGAACAGCUGGAGCUCAGAUGAGGGCAUCGGAGAGGUGGUGGAGCGGGAGGACUGCGUGCAGGCCCUCAGCGGGCAGAUCUUCAUGGGCAUGGUGUCCUCGCAGUUCCAGGCCCGGCCGGACACGGUGCGGCUCAUCGACGCCCUGGUCAAAGCCUGCAUCCGCUUCGUCUACUUCUCCAUGCAGGAUGAGUUGCGCAGCAAGGUGUUUGCGGAGAAGAUGGGCUUGGAGACUGGAUGGAACUGCCACAUCUCACUGACGCCCAACGGGGAUGGGAACUGCGACAUGCUGCCCUCCAGCCCCAGCCAUGCUGGCUCCCUGCAUGACGAUCUGCAUCAAGAUUCCCGCGACGAAGCCGAAGGGCCGUUACUCCCGGAAGAUGAGGGCCAGUCGGACCUGGUCAGCUUCCAGCCCACAGACAGCGAUGUGCCCAGCUUCCUGGAGGACUGCAAUCGGGCCAAGCUUCCUCGUGGGAUCCACCAGGUGCGGCCUCACCUGAAAAACAUCGACAACGUGCCCCUCUUGGUGCCUCUCUUCACGGAUUGCACUCCUGAAACCAUGUGUGAAAUGAUGAAGAUCAUGCAGGAGAACCGUGAGGUGACCUGCUGUCUGGGCAGCUCGGCCAACUUCCGCAACAGCUGUCUUUUCCUGCAGAGCGACGUCAGUAUUGCCCUGGACCCUCUAUACCCAUCCCGCUGCUCGUGGGAGACCUUCGGCUACGCCGCCAGCGGUGGCCUGAAUGACUACAGCGAUGGCUUGUCUCCCCUGGGGCUGUCGGGCCGCCUCAAUGCCCUGGCCUGUUCUGUCACUUUCCACCAGGGGGAGAGUGUGAGCUUGGUUAAGCUCAUCGAGCAGGCACGUCAUACUACCUAUGGCAUCCGAAAGUGCUUCCUCUUCCUGCUGCAGUGUCAGCUCACCCUCGUCAUUAUUCAGUUUCUGGCCUGUCUGGCCCAGCUGCCCCCGCCCAUGAACAUCACGGACAUCAUGUGGCUGUCCUGCUUCUGCUACCCACUGCUCAGCGUCUCUUUACUGGGGAAACCACCUGACAGUUCGGUGAUGACCGUCGCCACCGGCAAGAACCUCGACGGCAUCCCCAGGAAGACGCAGCAGUACUUCCUGGGGUGCUUCCUGAUCAAGUUCAGCAUCACGGUCUGCGCUUACCUCCUGAGCUUCAGCUUCAGCCUCGCAGAGGCCUGCGCCAAGGCCAGGAAAGCCAACGUCAGCUGCACCCACAUCUUCAAUAUGAGUGCAAGUGGUGAAGCCCCCAACUGGUUUGGAGAGCUCGCAAACAGCCUGCUGCUUAUUCAGAAGGUCAUGGCGGGAUUUUUGGCUCUACACACAGUGGUAAUCUCCCUCAGCUAUGUGCACCGCUCCCAGCUACUGUGGAGAAAGACCCCGUUCAGUAACACCUGGUGGUGCCUGACCGUGCCCGUGGUGCUGCUGGGACAGGGGGUCCAGGCCACAGUGGACUUCCAGCUGUGGAAAUAUAGGACGGACAAUGUGACCUUCACCUUGGACGACAUCCCCAAGGAAGUAUGGCUGCCCUUGUCACUGUCGCCGCUGCUGGUGGUGCUGGUUAACGAAGCAGUCAAGCUGCAUGAGAUCAGGGUGCGAGAUCGCUACCAGAAGAGACAGAAAUUACAGUUUGAGACCAAGCUGGGCAUGAAUUCCCCAUUCUGAGAGAUUCCCAGUAAUGGUUUCCAAUGGUGCCACCAGCCUGGCAGGAAUUGAGUGGGGGGUUGGGGAUGCGUUCUAUCAAGGCGCUUAUGUCCUAGACAUCCUGCCAGCACUCAGGCACUGUUACAGUGGUCUCUGAAUUUUGUUUUUGUGUGUAUAUAUAUGUAUUUUUUUUUUUACAUUGUGAUUUAACCAAGGAACACCCAAAGUGUUUUUACUUUUUCCUGGCAAAGGUGUAACCCAAAAAAGCUUGCUGCUUACAUGAGAAUGUGUCACUUUAUUUUAAUGCAUGCUUAACGUUCACCUGACGCACUGCCUGAUCCAGAUAAAGGGGUGAGAGGUGUGACCUUUUGGAAACAUUCAGGAAGAGCAAGUCAGUCGGGCGACACUGCAUGACCUCUGCUCCCUUUCAGAGGCCCUCAGUUUGAAGGCUGCUGCAGCCCAGUGUUUGCCGUUUAGAGAUGAGCCACAUGCUUUGGGCCUUAGUCUAUCGGCCAGGCCCCUUGGCAGCCUGCAUGUGUUGUAACAGCUACUAAAUGUGAAUGCCUUACUUCUGAAGGAUCUCCUUUGGGGUAGUCAAAAGGAUGCUUUGGAAAGGGCAGUGGCAGGUGCACAAAAAACAGCAUUAAAGCCAGGUUGGUUUUUCCAAGCAAAUCUGUCGAGUUUUGUAAGCAGCAGCUAGUUAUUGUAGCACACACUAUCUAUUUAAAUUUCCAGAACAGUUCAUAUUAAAAAAACAGAAAAAGCUGUAGGCAAUAUGGUACAUAAGUGUUUACAGUCCCCGAUGUGUACGUAAUAUAUAACUUAAAUGGGACUAAUUCUGAAAUAGACUUCAGAAUGAGUAUUCUAUAUUAUGUACUGAAGAAUGAAACAAUUAGAAUAUGAAUACUUACUAUGAAAGAAGUGGGAAAUAUUUAUUUACAUGUGACAAAUGUGUUUAAUUUCUUUGUUUAGGAGAACCAUUGCAUCUUAUUGGUUUCUAAUAAUUUAAAAGUUUUUUUUUAUGGGAUUCCUAUUUUUUGUCCUCUGUACAUAACAUAAUGUGCAGUACUGUAAUACACCAGUUUGCUGCGUGUCCUUUUCCAGUAGUACUGUAAGAGGGGUGCAUCAAAUACCUUUCUUAUAUUGACUUAAGCUGACAUUCAGCUUGAUACGACUAGCCUUCUUCAUGAUUCUGUCAAGCUGUCAGACAGCUUAAGUCAAUAUCAACAACCAAGGUGAAAAGCAAACUGGGAUUGAAAGGUAGUGUCAUCCUCAAAAAAACAACUGUACAAAACCCUACUAAUGUGAGUUUAUUUUCCAGAUUUUUCUACCAUUAUACAUAUGUCCUUGCCCAAUUUCAGGCAUCCAUUGCUGAGAACCUGCUCAAAAACAUUCACAGCUUUUUACAACCGUAUUUAAAGAUUUUUUUUCGGUCAGACUUUCAAAACACUGGAGAGGGAGUUUAUUGUUAUGCGGGCAGCGCCGUACAUGAUGGUCUCACAGCAUGCAUUGCAUGUUCAGAAUACAUGUGUAUGUGUUAUACCAGAUUAAUGUUUUUAAUUAGUGUGUGAACCGGGAGGGGGGGAGGUGUCAGUAUGUCCCUUGAAAAGGCUGUUUAAUUACUUCCUUGUCAAGUAUCUUGAAUAUUGGAAAGGAGGAAAUAUGUGUCACUGUACAGUAUUUCUACCUCUGACUCAAGUGGGGUAUAUGGCUGUUUUAAAUGCUGCAAGUGGUUCAGGGUGCACUUCUGCCUGAUUAUUAUUAUUAUUAUUAUUAAUUUUAUUUUUUAUCCAGUCUGUCAGAAGUUGAUCUGCUUUUAAUGGCAUUUGAUCCAAUCCUAAUGCUCCAUAGUUGGGUCUUAACUGUGAAACCAUUAGCACUGGUAACUGGGCAGUACACAGCCUCUUUCAUAAACAUAUCGUAACCAUGUAAACAGGAUCAUAUCAUUUGAUUCUGUCCUUUGAUAACUCUCUGUUGAUUAUUCUGUAAUUAGUUUCUAUUUUGCACCAUGUUAUGGUCACCAACUAAUAGCUAUGUUCUGAAGUAAAUGAACUUGUAUGCCAGCAAGAUAGUUAUCAUGUCCUGAGUACUGUUGUUGAGUUAUGUGCUGGGCGAUCUUCCACCUGUAGCUAUCUCUUUAAAACAGGGUUUUCCCACUAUGAGUUCCAAGGAAUUUUCUCAUGCUUAAUACAACGUAAACUUAAUGUGGUGCCUUUGACCAAAAUAGUCUGAAAAUGCAUUCAAGAUGAUUUAGAUUUAAAGGGAAAUUUUUGACGAAUUCUUUAAUUUUACAUUUGUCAUGCAAACACUUUCAAUACAAAUUCUCUAAACUGUGAAGCAUUAUGAAACGAAGUAGAAAUUUAGUCAAGAUAAUAAUUACUGGACUUCCUGCUGGACACUUACACAAUGGAUCACCAGGAUUACAAUUCAGAAGCCCAGUCAGUGUAAGGCCUGAGCUGCAAUGGUUACCUGCAUCCUCAGGUAGCAUUUGUCAGUUGAUGUUAAAAGUGCUUUACAUUGGUGUGUGAAGAUGCUAAUAUUAAACGUACUGCCCUUCAGCGCACUGGACAUGCUGCAAAAUAGAACUUUAGCAACUCUUUAAGUUUAUGCAAUUCAUAGUGCAAUCCCUUUUUGUUCCUUUUUAAUUAUUUGCAUGCUGACUGAAACAUAAUGGCACUGCCUUGACCACUUUUUUGUGUCUCUUGAGCAUGUAUUGUUUUGUUAAUAAAGCAGCAUAUGGGACUGCUGGUGCAUCUGAAACCAUUGACAGGCACCAAUCAAUAGUCUCAUUUCCAAAGCCUUGUAAAUGGGCUGCAGCGAGACUAAGUACCUCUGUGCAUAUACAAACAACUGUACAGUACAAGAACCUGCAUUAAUCUGAUUAGUGAUGGACUAUUUUUGUCAUUGUCCCUGACGGAUUUAUAAAUGUUGUAUAUUUUGUAUUUUUAAAGUCUUUAUGUAAAAUUAUUUUUAAAUAAUCUGUCAAUUAUGUUAAUAAAUAUGGUCUUUUUUAAA